AUGUUAGGUCGCAAGAUUGUUGAGUUCUAUGCUGCGUUGCCUCAACCAGGAGAUGAUAGUGUUCAGAGUGGGUCUGAGAUCUACUCGAUUGGGAUGACUCCAUGUUAUGCAUCCUUGGUCAUUGUUGCGUCUCACAACUGGAUGCCUUCAACUCAUAGCAACCAUGUGUCUGAGCCACGAGCUAAGCUUAUCUACAAGCUAUCCUACAGGAGUCGAGUUGAUUUUGGUCAGUUGGUGUAUGAUCAAGUGAUGGGGAUGAGCAAAUCCAACACAAAGACUCUCGUUGGUUGA